CAGUUCAGUCACUGUUCCCCUUUCUCCUCUAUACACUCUUUAUUGCUGCUUCCCUUCUAAUGGCGAAAUCGAUCGCCGAUCGCCGACAUUCUGAGCUGAAAUCGCUGAAAAGAUCUCUCCUUUUUGCUUCCUCCUAUUGAUUUGUAAUCGAUUUCGGUGUCAGCUGCCGGUUUCUGGUUGAAUCCAUGGAUUGAGCUGGAAAAGAUUCUUCUUUCUUCAUCGUUUCCUUUCUAUUUUUGGGAUGGUAACUGAGAGAGGUUCGAUGAAAAUGCUGAUCGGAAACGGUAGCGAAGGGUUUAAUGCCGAGGACUUAGGGCUGCUUCUUCGAGAGCAGAGGAGGCAGGAAUCCAUCGAUCGAGAAAGAGAGCGGGAGCUGAACAUGUACCGAAGCGGUUCUUGCCCUCCAACGGUCGAAGGAUCACUGAACGCGAUCGACGGGAUCAAGAACGAGCUGUUGACCGAGGAGGAGCUCCGAUCUGAUCCAGCUUACCUUUCGUAUUACUAUUCCAAUGUGAAUUUGAACCCUAGGUUGCCGCCUCCGGUGAUGUCGAAAGAGGAUUGGAGGUUUGCUCAGAGGCUUCAAGCUGUUGGGAGCUCGAGAACUCGGAAGAGUAAUAAUACAGUAGAUAAUGGCGAGGGGAGCGGCUCACGGUUCUCGACGCAACCCGUGUUUAAGCCAAACAUAGAAGAGAAGGCAGAGUGGCGGGAUAAGAAAGGCGAUGGGUUGAUUGGGUUAUCGCUUGGUCGACAGAAGAGUUUUGCUGAUCUCUUUCAGGAUGACCUGGGUCAAUCAAAUUCCAUCUUGCGCCCUCCGUCUCGCCCCUCAAGUCGCAAUGCUUUUGACAACUGCGUCGAACCAUUACGCUCUUCUGAAUGUCAGAUGAGUUUCCGUCCUGAGAUUGGACCUGUUGAUAGCCUUUGUCCUGGUGGCAAUGUCCAAACUGUGGGUGGUGUUCAAAAAAAUAGUCUGUCUGCAUCUCAAACAUUUGCCUCGGUUUUGGGUUCAUCUCUUUCAAGAAGUAAUACUCCUGAUGCGCAGCUAGUGGCAAGGACUCCUAGUCCUUGUCUUCCACCUGUAGGCACGAGGAUUAGCAACAGUAACAUGAAAAAUAAUAAUGGCUCUCACUCUUUCAACAGGACGUCAUCAGGUAUAAUGGAAUCAGAUGAUCUAGUGUCUGCUUUGUCCGGAAUGAACUUGUCAACUGUUGAACCUAUAGAGGAUGACUUCAUUACUCAGUCAAAACUCCAAGAGGAAAUUGAGGAACACCAGAAUUUUCUCUUUGGAAUGCAAGGUGGACAAAACCAGGUUAAGCAGAAUAAUUUCUUGAAACCUUCUGAAAAGACACAUUUAAACGUGCUAUCUAAUUCUCAAUCAACAAGGACUUCAUACUCUGACUUGGCUAGGAAUUCUGGAGGACUAGGGGACCGAAACAGUUCAACUAUGAGGUCAAAUGGGCAAGUUGAACUCCAGAGGACUACUCUUUCUCCUGCCAACUCAUAUUCGAAAGCCGCUUCUGCUUCUUUUCUUGGCAGUCCAGGUGGCUCCCCUGCUCAUUAUAAAAAUAUUAACAGCGUCGGUGCAGAUUUUACAGGUUAUGGACUGAGUGGUUAUUCCAUUGAUCUAGCCUCACCUCCAAUGAUGGCAAAUCAUAUUGGCAUGGGUAACUUUCAUCCUCUUUUUGAAAAUGCUGCACUUGCAUCUCCGAUAGGUUCACCUGGUAUGGACUCUAGGGUGAUGGGAGGUUUUUCUUUGGGGCAAAACCUGAAUGGAGCUGGAGAUCUGCAAAAUCUCAACAAAAUUGGCGCAGCAGCUACGCUUCAGAUGCCGCUUGCUGAUCCCCUUUAUGUUCAAUACUUGAGAUCAGCAGAGCAUCUUGCUAGUAAUUUUGGUGAUCCUUCCUCUGAUCAAGGUUAUAUGGGCAGCAACUCAUAUUUAGAUUUGCUUGCAAUCCAGAAACAGUACCUUGGGUCUUUGCUUCCACCACAAAAACAGUAUGGUAUGCCCUUUAUCGGUAAAUCUACCGGUCUGAAUCAUGGUUAUUAUGGAAAUCCUGCUUUUGGUUUUGGCAUGACUUAUCCAGGAAGUCCUUUGGCAAGCCCUGUUCUUCCUGGUUCCCCUGGUGGACCUGGCAGCCCUCUUAGGCUUGGUGAGCGCAGUAUGCGUUUUCCUUCUGGCAUGAGAAACUUAGCUGGAGGCUGGCAUUCAGAUGCUGGAGGCAACAUCCAUGACAGCUUUGCAUCAUCACUUCUAGAGGAAUUCAAGAGCAACAAGACAAAAAGUUAUGAGCUUUCUGAUAUUGCAGGCCAUGUUGUUGAGUUCAGUGCUGACCAGUAUGGGAGCCGAUUCAUUCAGCAAAAGCUUGAAACUGCAUCAACUGCAGAAAAAGACAUGGUUUAUGAUGAAAUCAUGCCUCAUGCAUUCUCCUUGAUGACGGAUGUAUUUGGGAAUUACGUGAUUCAAAAGUUUUUCGAGCAUGGAUCUGCUGCUCAGAGAAGAGAAUUGGCUGAUCAGCUUAAUGGGCAUGUAUUAACACUCAGCCUUCAAAUGUAUGGCUGUCGAGUGAUCCAGAAGGCAAUAGAAGUUGUUGAUUUGGAUCAACAGACAAAAAUGGUAGGAGAGCUUGAUGGCCAUAUCAUGCGUUGUGUGCGUGAUCAGAAUGGGAAUCAUGUUAUUCAAAAAUGCAUCGAGUGUAUCCCUCAGGAUGUCAUUCAUUUUAUUGUCUCAUCCUUCUACAAUCAAGUCGUAACUUUAUCUACCCAUCCAUAUGGUUGUCGUGUCAUACAGCGAGUACUGGAACAUUGUGAUGAUCCAAAAACUCAGCAGAUCAUGAUGGAUGAGAUUUUGCUAAGUGUCUGCAUGCUGGCGCAAGACCAGUAUGGCAAUUAUGUUGUUCAGCAUGUGCUGGAGCAUGGAAAGCCUCAUGAGCGAUCUGCUAUCAUCACAAAAUUAGCUGGCCAGAUAGUUCAAAUGAGUCAACAAAAGUUUGCUUCAAAUGUUGUUGAGAAGUGUUUAACCUUUGGUGGUCCAGAUGAACGUCAGAUUUUGGUCAAUGAGAUGCUUGGGACAACUGAUGAAAAUGAGCCCCUUCAGGCUAUGAUGAAAGAUCAGUUUGCUAAUUAUGUUGUACAGAAAGUUCUGGAAACAUGCAAUGAUCAGCAAAGGGAAUUGAUCCUUUCGCGAAUAAAGGUCCACCUGAAUGCAUUGAAGAAAUACACUUACGGAAAGCAUAUAGUUGCACGUGUAGAGAAACUUGUCGCAGCCGGAGAAAGGAGAAUUGGAGUUCAGUCCUCAUAUACCUCCUAGAAGGCAGUAGGAAAAGAAGAUGUACAGCUAACCGAGGCCUAGUGUGUGUGAGCUCCCUUUUUCGUCUCUCUCUCUCUCUCUCUCUCUCUCUCUCUCUAUUUUAGAUAUGUACAAGCUGAUUGAAAAUAAAAUAGUUGCUUGUGCUAAAACUUGUACAUUCUGUAGUUUGCGUUAUAGUAGGCUGAGGCUCAGAAUAUGAACACAGCUGAUGCCAUUUCAGAUGAGAUAAAGUGCCUGUAUAAGUCAUUAGCUGAGUGUAAAGAAAAAAAUGGUAAAGAAAGAUGCCUUGUAGUGAA